AUGGCUCGACUCGUGGACAAUCCGCUGAUUGCAUCCGCGACGCUCCAUAAUCCUUUACCACUUUAUCUUCACUCAUACAUCUGGCCGUUCACAAUUAUCUGGCCCAUCUUCUUCCGAUACUACUUCUCCGAAGAGCUAUACUCGAAACAUAUUGGAGGGCAAGAGUGGACAUUUGUCUGGUGUGGAACAAUUAUCACGGCGCAGAGUCUGGUUUGGCUUUGUACCCACUGGAACGUCAAUCUACGAUCCCUCUUUACCUCAACUUCCGCUGCGAAAGUGCAGGAUGCAAAGCUUAUCAAGGUCAUCCCAAUAACGAAUGCCGGAUCUCCAGACAUCUGCGAGAUAGUUAGAGACGACGCUGGUGGCAAGUCGAACGUGUCCUUCCUCUUCCAAAAACGCAGAUUCCUCUACAACGACGCGGCAGGCACCUUUUCUCCUCUAGAGUACGCGGUCGAUUCGGAGCCAAAGCCCCUCCUCGAACAAUUCCAGAGGUCCCGAGGAAUAUCAAGUUCUGCAGAGCUCUCUAGAAUACACCAGCACUAUGGCGAAAAUACCUUCGAUAUCCCUGUGCCAACAUUCACUGAGCUGUUCAAAGAGCAUGCAGUGGCGCCCUUCUUCGUUUUCCAGAUCUUCUGUGUUGGGUUGUGGAUGUUGGAUGAAUACUGGUACUACUCUCUUUUCACGCUGUUCAUGUUGGUCGUUUUCGAGAGCACUGUGGUAUGGCAGCGCCAACGUACAUUGAACGAGUUCCGCGGAAUGGCUAUCAAGCCUUACGAUAUUUGGGUCUACCGACUCAACAAAUGGGUCGAGACUCAGAGCGACAAGCUGCUCCCUGGGGAUCUUGUUUCUGUUGGCCGGACCAAGGACGACAGUGGAGUUGCAUGCGAUAUGCUCUUGGUCGAGGGAAGCGCCAUUGUUAACGAGGCUAUGCUUUCUGGGGAGAGUACCCCCUUGUUGAAGGACUCUGUUCAGCUCCGUCCAUCUGACGCCAGACUGGAGCCAGAAGGCCUCGAUAAGAACUCUUUCCUGUAUGGAGGAACGAAGGUCCUCCAAGUUACCCAUGGAAACAGCGACGAAGAGAGACCCAAAUUGGCAUCCGGUGUACCCAUGCCACCUGACAAUGGCGCCAUGGCUAUUGUUGUCAAGACCGGAUUCGAGACAUCUCAAGGAAGCCUGGUUCGGACGAUGAUUUAUUCCACGGAGCGUGUUUCGGCAAACAAUGCCGAGGCGCUCCUCUUCAUCCUGUUCUUGUUGAUUUUCGCAAUCGCCGCUUCCUGGUAUGUGUGGGAUGAGGGCGUGAAGAAAGACAGAAAGCGAUCGAAACUCCUCCUAGACUGUGUCUUGAUUGUUACCAGUGUUGUACCCCCCGAACUUCCCAUGGAACUCAGUCUCGCUGUCAACACUAGUCUGGCUGCGCUGAGCCGCUACGCGAUCUACUGUACUGAGCCAUUCCGCAUCCCAUUCGCUGGACGUGUUGACGUUGCCUGUUUUGACAAGACCGGGACCUUGACCGGGGAAGAUCUUGUCGUGGAAGGCAUUGCAGGACUCGGACUCGGCCAAUCUGGAACUGGCACCCCCCGAGAGAAAGAUGGGGCUCAUAGCCACAUUACUCCAGUCUUGGAAGCGGGGAUGGAGACGACCCUUGUUCUGGCGACCGCGCAUGCCCUUGUAAAAUUGGAUGAGGGCGACAUUGUUGGAGAUCCCAUGGAAAAAGCGACGUUGUCAUCCCUCGGCUGGACUCUCGGCAAGAACGAUAUCCUCACAAGCAAGCACAUGACCGCUGCAAAAGGAGCGCAUCAAGCUACGGCCUCAAACAGUGUCCAGAUCAAACGCCGUUUCCAGUUUUCUUCUGCUCUUAAACGUCAAAGUUCUGUCGCUACUAUCACUGCCCAACAUCCUGAAACCGGAAAGAAGAUUAGGAGCACAUUCGUCGGUGUCAAGGGAGCUCCCGAGACGAUCAUGAAGAUGCUGGUCACGGUUCCCAAGGACUACGAAGAGACAUUCAAGUACUUCACCAGAAAGGGAUCACGUGUCCUAGCUCUUGCAUACAAGCAUCUCUCGACCGAAUCGGAACUUGGAUCUGGCAGAAUCAACGAGCUGAAACGCGAGAAGGUCGAGGCAGAGUUGCACUUUGCAGGAUUCCUGGUCUUGCACUGCCCUCUCAAGGAUGAUGCCAAGAAGUCUGUUCAAAUGCUCAACGAGAGCAGUCACCGAGUUGUCAUGAUCACCGGAGACAACCCUUUGACCGCCUGCCAUGUCGCUCACGAAGUCGAGAUUGUCGACAGAGAUGUCCUCAUUCUAGAUGCCCCGGAACACGACGAUUCGGGGGAGAAGCUUGUCUGGAGAAGUAUCGAUGAUCUUAUUAGCAUUCCUGUCGACCCUACCAAGCCAUUGGAUCCCAAAAUCAUUGCCAACAAUGAUCUAUGCGUCACUGGAUACGCUCUGUCCAAGUUCAAGGGUCAAGUUGCACUGCCUUCCAUUUACCGCUACACUUGGGUUUAUGCGCGUGUUUCCCCAAAGCAAAAGGAAGAAAUCUUGAUGGGACUUAAGGACCUCGGAUACCAUACCCUGAUGGCUGGCGAUGGUACGAACGAUGUUGGGGCUCUCAAGCAGGCUCACAUUGGAGUGGCCUUGUUGAACGGCUCUCAGGACGACCUGAACAGAAUUGCUGAACACUACAGAAAUACCAAGAUGAAAGAGCUCUACGAGAAGCAGGUCUCCAUGAUGAAGCGUUUCAACCAGCCGAGUCCACCCGUACCAAUUCUCAUCGCUCACCUUUACCCUCCUGGACCUACCAACCCCCAUUACGAUGCCGCUGUGAAGCGAGAAUCCGAGAAGAAAGGAAACGCAGCCGCCCUCAACCAGACAGCAGCGGCUGGAAACGCAGUCGAGACGAUCACGUCGCCCGGCGCUCAAGCUAUCAUCGACAGCCAAACCCAAACGCCGAAUCAGAAGAAGGCUUCUAGCUUGGCUGACAAGUUCACUCAAAGCAUGAUGGAUGCAGAGCUGGACGAAGAUGAGCCUCCAACGAUCAAGCUUGGUGACGCGUCUGUUGCCGCACCGUUCACGAGCAAGCUCAGCAAUGUUAUUGCGAUCCCCAACAUCAUCCGUCAAGGACGUUGCACUCUCGUGGCUACUAUCCAAAUGUACAAGAUUCUCGCUCUCAAUUGUCUCAUCAGUGCGUAUAGUCUUAGUGUCCUGUACCUCGAGGGCAUCAAGUUUGGAGAUGGUCAAGUGACGAUUAGCGGCAUGCUCAUGAGCGUCUGCUUUUUGUCAAUCUCAAGAGCCAAGUCGGUUGAGGGUCUUUCCAAGGAACGCCCCCAGCCGAACAUCUUCAACUUCUACAUAAUCGGAUCUAUUCUUGGACAAUUUGCAAUCCACAUCGUCACGCUUAUCUACAUCGCACGCUACUGUGACAGACUUGCUCCACGUGACCCCGAUAUCGAUCUCGAGGGAGAGUUCCAGCCCUCUUUGCUGAACAGUGCUGUAUACCUUUUGCAGCUUAUCCAACAAAUUUCCACCUUCGCCAUUAACUACCAGGGUCGGCCAUUCCGUGAGGCACUCUCAGAAAACCGAGGCAUGUAUUGGGGCAUCAUCGGCGUGUCUGCAAUCGCAUUCUCUUGCUCGACGGAGUUCGUGCCCGAGAUCAACGAGAAGAUGCGUUUGGUUCCUUUCACCUCAGACUUCAAGACGACCAUGACAGUCACGAUGAUUGUUGAUUAUCUUGGCUGCUGGGUUAUCGAGAAGACAUUGAAGGUCCUGUUCAGCGACUACAAGCCCAAGGAUAUCGCAAUCAGACGGCCAGAUCAACUGGCCAGAGAGCAGAAGAGGAUCGAAGAUGCCAGAUUGGAGCAGAUCAGGCUGGAGGAGGCGAAGGCAGCCAAGGCGAUCGAGGAGCUCGAGAAGCAGCUGGCGGCGUAA